AUGACCCGGCUCAAGAUGGCAGCGCACCUCAGUUACGGAAGAGUGGUUCUUAACAACUUGCGAGAGGCGGCCCGCAAGGAGCUGCGCGAAUUUCUGGAUAAAUGUGAAGGCAGCAAGGCAAUAGUUUGGGAUGAGUAUCUUACUGGACCAUUUGGAUUGAUUGCUCAAUAUUCCCUAUUAAAGGAACAUGAAGUUGAUAAAAUGUUUACCCUGAAGGAAGGGCGUAUACCUCCAGCUGAAGUCAAAAACAUAAUUUUCUUUGUGAGGCCUAGAUUGGAAUUAAUGGAUAUUAUUGCUGAUAAUAUUCGUUGCGAACACAAACAUCAUGGUCCUCACAGAGAUUUCCAUAUUCUGUUCCUUCCUCGUCGAAGUCUCCUUUGUGAACAGCGACUAAAAGAACAAGGAUUAUUGGUCCACUUCACCCAUAUAGAAGAGUACAGCCUGGAUUUAAUUCCAUUUGAUAGUGAUCUAAUGUCCAUGGAAGCUGAAAGUGCAUUUAGGGAGUGUUAUCUAGAAAAUGACCAGACCGUCUUAUUCAGUGUUGCCAAAGGACUGAUGACUCUGCAAGCUUUGUAUGGAACCAUCCCACAGAUAUUUGGGAAGGGUGAAUGUGCACGGCUUGUGGCAAAUAUGAUGCUAAGAAUGAAGAGAGAAUUUGCUGGGACGCAGAACCAGAUUUUACCUGUCUUCGAUAAACUCCUGUUACUUGACCGAAAUGUUGACUUGUUAACGCCCCUGGCAACGCAACUGACCUAUGAAGGACUUAUUGAUGAAAUAUAUGAAAUUCAAAAUACGCAUGUUAAGCUGCCUCCUGAGAAAUUUGCACCUAAAAAGCAAACUGAAAGUGGCCGAGAUCUUUCCAGUGAACCUAAGAAGCUACAGUUAAAUUCUGCUGAAGAACUCUAUGCAGAAAUCAGGGAUAAAAAUUUCAAUGCAGUUGGUUCAGUCCUCAGUAAAAAAGCCAAGUUCAUAUCUGCUGCAUUUGAGGAAAGACAUAAUGCAAAAACAGUGGGUGAAAUCAAACAAUUUGUGUCCCAGCUUCCACACAUGCAAGCAGCAAGGACCUCGCUAGCUAAUCAUACAUCUAUUGCUGAACUCAUCAAAGACAUUACAGCAUCAGAAACAUUCUUUGACAAGCUGACUGUGGAACAAGAAUUUAUGUCUGGGAUUGAUACUGACAAGGUUAACAGCUACAUUGAAGAUUCCAUUGCUCAAAAAGAACCUCUGAUAAAUAUUCUGCGACUUGUUUGUAUGCAGUCAGUAUGUAAUAAUGGCCUGAAACAGAAAAUCCUAGAUUAUUACAAGAGAGAGAUUUUACAGACAUAUGGUUAUGAGCACAUUUUAACCCUAAAUAACCUAGAAAAGGCUGGGUUACUGAAACCUCAGACUAGCACCAGGAAUAAUUAUCCAACUAUAAGAAAAACUCUGCGUCUUUGGAUGGAUGACGUCAAUGAACAGAAUCCCAAUGAUAUCUCUUAUGUGUACAGUGGUUAUGCCCCUCUGAGUGUGCGGUUAACACAGUUGCUGGCUCGUCCUGGGUGGAGGAGCAUUGAAGAAGUCUUAAAGAUGUUACCAGGACCUCAUUUUGAAGAAAGACAGCAACUGCCUUCUGGAUUGCACAAAAAACGUCAGCAGGGAGAGAACAGAGUUACUCUGGUGUUCUUUCUUGGAGGUGUGACAUAUGCUGAAAUUGCAGCGCUUAGAUUCUUAUCUCAGAUGGAAGAAGGAGGUACAGAAUACAUUAUUGCGACCACAAAACUGAUAAAUGGAAAAAGCUGGAUUAAAUCUAUGAUAGAUAAGUUAGAGCCAUCUCUGUUCUGAAAAGACAAUGUGAUUGACAAUAUUCAUCGGAUGAGUUUUUUUUGUUUAUGGAUCCCAAGUGUGUUUGGAAAAUGUGAGACUGGUAUGAUGUGUUUCAGCUGAGAAACUGAAUUGAGCGCUGCAUGGGACACAAGACAAAAUUCUAAUGUGGUCUUGGUUGACAUUCAGCUGCACUGGCUGUUCUGAGCCACGUUUUCCGUCCUUUGGUGAAGUACCAUGUGAAACCAGAACACUUGGGAAUUCAUUGUGCUUCAGGAAUCACAUGUCAACAGCCUGAAACAAGUUUCUGUGUUGGCAGAGUUUGAUCAUUUGUGCCACUGGAUUUAAUUUGCAUACAGACAUUGCACAAGUCUAAGCACUUUGGUGCCCUUGUAAUCUGAAGUGGUUUCUUACACGCCAGAAUAUGUAAUGCAUGUUUAUGGUACAUGCAAGGUAAAUUUAAAUAAUAUAUACCCUGUGUUAAAUCAAGUGCUUACUGCAACAAUGUAGGAACUUAGCGUGAGGGAAGAAGUGUCAACAAAUGUGCAUUUAUUUGUUUUUGCUUCCUAAAUGUUAUUCUUUGGAGCUUUGUUCAUACUAGUAGAGUAUGAAAUUUCAUUAAUCUCCUGUUCUGAUCUCUUGUUGCCACAUUUAAAAGAAUCUUAAAGCUUUGUCAUCCUGUGAGGGUAAAAUUAAAUCUCAAAACUCUGACCUUUUCAAUUUUAUUUGUUAUGUACUGUUCUGUUUAUUGCAUGGUUGCAUAGUUUCAGAAAAUAUUGUAUCAUAAUCUAUAUUCCAUAUUCUGUAUAUGUGAAAUGAUGUGUUAAAAAUUAUUUGAAUAGAAUGAUUGGGCUUUAUACUUUUUAAUUUGCUGUAAAUCAGUUUAGAACAUUUCAUCUAUACUACAGAAAAGAAGAAUUGUUUAGGAAGUUUGUCACAUAUUCAGAGAACAAUUAGCAAAAUGCAUGCAGUGAUUUCUCCCAUUCUGGUACUGUUUUUCUCAAUAAGGAGGCAUGAUCAGUAAUGAUUUGCGUAAUAUGAGAAAUAACGUGUACUAGUCCAUAAUACAUAUUUUGAACCAGACAAAAUUCCCUCAAAAUAUAUUCAAAAGACAGCUCAGACCAUAACUCCUCUUCUCUUGUUUUGAAGGUAAAUGUAAAGCACCAUGUUCUAGACGCAACUUGAUUGGUUGUCUACUUUAAGCAAAACAUGUUUUACGCUACAGUUAAAAUAAACAAAAGUAAAAGAUGGGCUUAUAUAUAAAUCUACUGAAAUACUUGACAAAAGAAUGUAUUAAUUACUACUAAUUAACUGUUCCAUUAUGGUAACAUCCUAUAAACACUCCCUUGGCAAAGGCAAAUUCCGUAAAUUAGAUGUAUUGCAUGCAUUCCUAGCAUUAGGAAAAGAACCCCCAGCUUUUAGAUGUAAAGUAGAGAGGAAUAAGAGUUUCCACGUCCAGCUUUAAGACCCCAGCAACUGCUGCUGAAAGCUAAAAAUAAAACUCUUGGUUCUGUGGGAACUUGAACUAUAUUCAUAUAGUUCAAUUCAUCCAUUCAGGCUGCUUCUAUUGUUCCAACUUAAAAAAAACACAAGCCUCACAGGCUGUUUACUGUAUUGGCUUUGAGCAUACUGCUUGUCACUUCCUCUGUCUCAACCUUUUAUUUUUAAAAAAGAAAUGGACAAAAUGCCAUUCUUAAGGCCAUAGUAUCAUCAAAUGGAAGAUUGAGAUAGCGAUUGUUUGGUAAAGCUCAUUCCUUUAUUUUGUUGCUUGAGAAUAGACUGGUUAUCCGGUUACUAUCAUAAUAUUCUAAGUUCAAAAAAAUUUCAUAGUAACUGGCCAUUUGGCCAAUCAAGUGUAUGGCAGCAUUUUUCUCCACUUAAUUUGUCAAGGCACUUUAUUGCCAAUGUCCAGUUGCCUGGAAGGGAUUAGAAAUUAACCACAAUAAUUCAGUAGGUUACAAACGGUAGGAUCCUUUACUUGGAGAAAUGUUACCGAAUCUAACUAAUUUUCAUGUUCAUUUUCUGGUGCCGUUCUGUAAAUUUAAAACCAAAUUAAUCCAUUUGCACCAUCUUGAACAUUCAAUUCCAUCCACACCAGUGCACAAUUGCAGUUAGUUGUACCGUCUAGCUUUGCAGUACAGCAACCUACUAAGGCUCCAAGAAACACACCUUUCAGACCCCCAGAAGGAUGAGGAUAGGAGAUGCAUUGGAACAUCAUCCUGAUUUGGAAAUGUAUUGUCAUUCCUUCACAGUCACAUGGUUAGAAUCCUGGAAUUUCCUUCCUCACAGCACUGGAAGUAUCCACACCAUAUGGAUUAUAGUGAUUCAAGAAAAUAAUAUCCAUUUCUCUAGGGGAUUUAGGAAUGAGUAAUAAAUUGCUGGCACUACUAACAAUGCUUGCAACCCAAGAAUUAAAUUUAAAAAUGACUUUGAAAAAUCUUUUAUAGUUCAAUUUGAAUAUUUACCUGCUAGUCUAAUCUACUUGUCCACUGAGUCUAGUCCAAUCCAACAACAGUUAAUUUCUCGGUGGCUCAGUGGUUAGCACUGCAGCCUCACAGCACCAGGGACCCGGGUUCGAUUCCAGCCUCGGGUGACUGUCUGUCUGUGUGGACUUUGCACAUUCUCCCCGUGUCAGCGUGGGUUUGCUCCGGUUUCCUCCCACAGUCAAAAGAUGUGCAGGUUAGGUGGAUUGGCCAUGCUAAAUUGCCCGUAGUAUUCAGGGGUG